UACAUCGAGGAGCAAAAAAAUCAAAUGAUCCGGGAAUUGAAAACAACUUCCCGGGAAAGAUUAGAAAACCCAGUGCAAAUAUACAACAUGGUUUCUCAAGGUUUCUCAAGAGAAGUUAUUUUGUUGAUUGGUUACGAAGCAGGGGUGGAAAUCGUAGUAGAUGAACGAAGACGACUUCAACCUGAAGAAAUGAAUACUUUCCUGCAGUUGGGCGCAGCGUUAGAGAACAUUAAUCCGAUCCGGACAUUUUAUAAAGGAGUUGUGAUGGCUGAGGAACAACAGGGAUCGAUUGUGUUCAUCAAUGAUUUGAUGUUAGAACGGUUAAGUCUAGCACGUGAACUAUUGAUUGAUGAAGAUUUGACGUCUGUUUGGAAAAAUUGGAAUCUUAACCAUUUAACCAAUGCGUCGACGGAUGUUCUUUAUCAAUCGUGGCUUCUUCCCUUCAUCCCUGCUCGUCAAUUUAAUGAAGUAAUCAGUAAAAUUGAAGACUACGCAAUGUUACUGGCUGAGGAAUUUCCUGGGAUCCUACAUUUCAUUUUUUAUCUAAAAAAGGAUUGGGGAAAUGUCGUUAAUCACUUACAACAUGUAGAAAAUCCCUUUCAACUUUGUUAUUCGUUCAAUUCACUCAAUUUAGACAUGGAAAGCAAACUAGAGAAAGUCAACGGGAAUCUAUGGGAAUGGAUUGGUAAUGUUACAUUUAAUCAUAAUAAUCUAUAUAAUUGAUAGGAAGAGAACUAUUUUGCCCCAGCGUAUGAAUAUGAUAAAAUGUUUUU